GGAUAAUCGGGGACGAAAAAAAUAAUAUAUAUGUGGCAAACAAAAGAAGAGAGACUAUGCCACAACCCUCUCCGCUACUUCGUUUCCGCUCCCUCCACCACCGUAUCCGCCACUCUAACACUUCCUUCGUCCGGCGCUUCAUGGCUACCCCCGAGCCCAUAAGCCCAUCAAAUACUCGCGUGGGCUGGAUCGGCACGGGCGUCAUGGGCCAGUCCAUGUGCGCCCACCUCAUCCGGGCUGGCUACACUCUCACGGUCUUCAACCGCACCCCUUCCAAGGCCCAACCCCUCAUCGACCUCGGGGCCCACUUCGCCGCCUCCCCUCAGGCCGUCGCCUCCCGCUCCGACGUCGUUUUCUCCAUCGUCGGCUACCCCUCCGACGUCCGCUCUGUCCUCAUCCACCCAACCUCCGGCGCUCUCGCCGGCCUCCGUCCCGGUGGCAUCCUCGUCGACAUGACCACGUCGGAACCCUCCCUCGCCGUCGAAAUCGCCGCCGCCGCAGCCGCCAAAGGCUGCCAAUCAAUCGACGCCCCGGUCUCCGGCGGUGACCGCGGCGCGAAGAACGGAACCCUAGCGAUCUUCGGCGGCGGCGACGAGGCGACCAUGAAGCGACUGGAGCCCUUGUUUUCUCAGAUGGGGAAGGUGAACUACAUGGGUGAGAGUGGGAAGGGACAAUUCGCGAAGCUAGCGAAUCAGAUAACGAUAGCUUCUACGAUGGUGGGGUUGGUGGAGGGGAUGGUGUAUGCGCAGAAGGCAGGGCUUGACGUGGAGUUGUACUUGGACGCGAUUUCGACCGGUGCAGCCGGUUCCAGGUCGCUUGAUUUGUACGGAAAGAGAAUCCUGAAGAGGGAUUUUGCAGCAGGGUUUUUUGUGAACCACUUUGUUAAGGAUUUGGGGAUUUGUUUGAAGGAGUGUGAGAAUAUGGGUAUUGCUUUGCCUGGGUUGGCUCUUGCUCAACAACUUUAUGUGUCGCUUAAGGCUCACGGUGAAGGUAACUUGGGCACUCAGGCUCUUCUUUUGGUUCUUGAGCGACUCAACAAUGUUUCUCUUGCUCCCUCUAACCCCUGAUAAGUCUUGGUCAAUUUCCUAUUGAGAUCUAUCAUGUAUUUUUACAUAUCCAAUCCACCCUGUUUUUUUAAUGUUUGAUAUCGAGUAAUAAAAAUUUAGUUGUUUAAUUUGCACUGUUAGUUUUUAACUUUAUCCAUGUUAAGGUGUCGAUGAAACAUGCUCCCACUCUUGAGUGUCUAGUAAUCUCUUUCCAGCUCCAAAUUAAGAAAAUAAUCGUACAUCUUUGCAAAAAAUUAUAAAUACCAAAGCUCUAACUGCGACUUAAUUGCACAUACAAGGUUUUUCUUUUAUUUUUAUGGUAAUAAAAACCAGUUACUCUUUAAGUAGCUAAGGACUUGGUACAAUAAUUCGUACUCCAGGAAAGUUUAGUUUUUCGUUAGUACGGCAAUUAUUCAUAAAAUAGAAACUGUCAACAAUUGUGCAUUUACGAUCGUCCUUCGUUUAGGAACAAUACACAACUGUCCUUACCACCGCAUGGUAUUUUAUUGAUGUAUCUUACAAAUGUGGCAACUACCAUAAAUAUAUUUGAAAUUUUAUUUUUAGUUUUCCAACAUCAAUGGCAGAGGACAAUUUUCAUUACUUCUCACACAGCUCGCUAUGGUGAAAUAUGUUAACCAUGCUAGUCAUCUGAAAAGAAAAAAGUAGCCCAAAAUGCUCUGGAAGAGGUAAUCACAGUUAACAUUAACGAGCUUUGUCGUGUUUCAGACAGAACAAUCAAAAUAAAGGUUUGUAAGGCAUGCAAUCGUCAACAACAACUCUUCAGUCCUCACUGAUAACUCAUAAAAGCUUUGAAUUAAAAAACUUUUAGGCUUGUUUGUCAAUACAUUAACUCCUGAUUUAUUCCCGCUGAAAACAGGCUACAUUCCGCAAAAGUUGACUACUCACAGUUAAGUUUAUCCUUGACAUUAUUCCUUAACAUUGGAGAAACAAACCCUGCAAUCAAAAUAAUGAAUGCCCCAGUCACCAGCACAGGAGCUGCAAGGUUGCAGAAAGAAGACAGCCCUCGUAGAUACCCCCACGGUGGACAUGGUCUGUAGGACCAGUAACUAAGGCAUCAUUGCUUCAAUGUGUUGUUGAUCUAUUACCUAUGCAAAAAAUGAAACUAGUAUUACACGGCUUUACCUCCGCAAUAACUUCAGGAUUCCUCCACUCCCAAAUAUUGGGAGUGAGAUGCUGCCAGGAGGGCUGCUCCAAUGCCAGAGCCAUCGUUGGCAUGCUCAAUGACAAUGGUGUCAGCUGCCUCGUCUCCCAGCAAUUCCUUCAGUGUGUUCUCCAAGCAAACCCUGAAUUCUGUGUAGUGUUCAAACAAUCCUCCAUCCAACGCUAUCACUGACUUUUGCUUCUCCCCAACCUUAACUGUGUCUCUUCCUAUUUUCUUGAGGAUGCCCAUAAUACCAGCAGCAGCAAGGCGAGCCCCACGAGUAGCAACAAUGUCACAGAGUUCCACAACAAUCUUCCUCAUUUUUAGGGAUGUGUUAGAGAUCUGACAAGAUGGAAGGCAGUUAGAGAAGCAAUAUAAUUUUUCUUUUGGGGGCGCAUCAAUUUUUUAUUGCAUUUAACAUAAUCAAAAUGCUUUUAUUUUAAAUGACAGAUCACAGCCUCAACAUAAUCAGAAUGCUUUUAUUCUAAACGACAGAUUACAGACAAUAUAUGUAGUUUAGUUUAUCAUUGUAAUUUCCAGCCUUCCACAGUUUGCAUCUAAUUUGAGAAAACCCAAUUUAUAUGAAGUGAGACAUGAAAAACCUUAUAUCCUUCAAUAGAGCAUGCAUUGAUGACGUGAUGCAUUGAUGAUGAAAAGCAAUUUACACCGUCAGUAGAGCAAGCAUACCUCUAAUAUAUCCUUCAAUUUGAUUCCAACCACUCUCAGAUCUGAAGUUGUGUCAUGGUGCAUUGAUGACAUGUCAGGUGUCCUAAUAAAAAUGAUGUCAAAACUCUGAAAGAG